AUGUACCCAGAGAGCAUAGAUGCUUUUUCAGCCGCUCCUCGAACCCCUACUUCACGGUUAAUAAGGUUAUAUCUCAAAACAAUUCUAUCGAAUCCGGAAUCCAGAAAGAUAUUUUAUUUCCUGAUGUUGAAUCUCUCGUAUAUGCUGGUUCAGAUGUUGUAUGGCGUAUGGACCAACAGCUUGGGGCUUAUUUCAGAUGCUAUUCACAUGGCGUUUGAUUGCAUGGCUAUCGGUGUGGGACUCUUUGCCUCCGUUAUGGCAACAUGGGAACCCAAUGAAUCUUUUACAUAUGGAUAUGGCCGAAUAGAGACAUUAUCUGGAUUCGCCAAUGGUAUUUUCCUGAUAUUAAUAUCGAUUUUUAUUGUGUUUGAAGCUAUCCAGCGCUUGCUGGAGCCCCCAGAAAUGAAUACCAGCCAGUUGCUGCUCGAUCACUCACACUCGCACUCUUCCCCUGCAUCCCAUUCAGUCUCUCACUCUGAGCCUCACUCCCACUCCCACUCAUCAGAGGCACAUACGCAUUCACAUACUCCCCAACCAAAGGAUGGCCACGACCACACGCAUGGACAUUCAUCUGCAACGAAUGGUCACAACAUGCGAGGUGUUUUUCUGCACGUUAUGGCUGAUACUUUGGGCUCUGUAGGCGUCAUUAUCUCAACGCUACUUAUCCAGUUCUAUGGAUGGACAGGCUUUGAUCCAAUAGCAUCGCUAUUCAUCGCCAUCCUUAUUGCAGCCAGUGUCUUCCCUCUCGUCGUAGACACGGGCAAAGUCCUCGCCUUAGACGUCGCUGACCGGGAUCUUGUAAUCCAACAAGCACUGGCAGAGUUAUCCUCCAUUGAAGGCGUUGCGUCAUACGAUUUCCCUCGAUUCUGGCCAAAAGACGCCACGAGUCUGAUCGGCUCCAUCCAUAUACAUCUCGUUCCGACAACAUACACGAGAAUUGACCGGGUCGUAGAACGCGUGGACGCCCUGUUGCGAGAGAAAAUCCCUGGACUGCAAGAACUGACGAUUCAGGUGGAAGGGAAGCAAGCUUUCUCAGCGUCAUCAUGA